UGCAGUAGAUCAUCUCAUUUUAUUGCAAUUGUUUAAAAGUACUUUUUACAAAACGAAGCAUGCUCUUAAUUUUAAAUUACAACUCCCUCAAGGCAUUGGACAUCUGUUUUAAUGAAUUAUAUAGAAAUUUGAGGAAUAAACUGGAGAGAGUAUUAGCAAAUAAAGCAGCCUCGUGUUUAUCUUCUCUAAAUGAACUCAUCUGCAGCAGUUAGCUGAAGUCCGACCAGAUUACUGGUAACUAGGGCAGCUAGCAGGCUCGGUUAACUCAGUGCAGCAUCAUUUUUCUGUGCAGACAGCUUCUGUCCUCCAGAGAGUCGCCGAGGCCAGCUUUUGUUCUUGCAUCUCCUUUGUUUUCAGCCUUGUCAAGAAAGACCCCGUGGAGAGGCCUGGACCCCUUUGCUGAAGCAGAGAUGAGUCUGGAAUGCUAAGCAGACAGCCGGUAGCCGAGGUCCAAGCUGCAAGAAAGGGGGAGCUACGGAGCCGACACCCUCUGUAAACCAUUACUGCCUCGGAGUGAGGGGCAAGCAAGCCUGAGACUUCAUACUCCCCUCUUUAUUGAUAAAGACUUCACCAUAAGCUGCAUUCCUACAACAUUACACUUUCCAGAUCGAAGUAAUUGCUUACGUUUUUCCUAGUGGCUAGCAUGUCUUACCAAGGCAAGAAGAACAUCCCUCGAAUCACGAGUGACCGUCUUCUUAUCAAAGGAGGGAAGAUUGUGAAUGAUGACCAGUCAUUUUUUGCAGACAUAUACAUAGAAGAUGGCAUUAUAAAACAACUAGGAGAAAAUCUAAUUGUCCCUGGUGGAGUCAGAACCAUUGAUGCCCAUAACAAGAUGGUUAUACCUGGUGGAAUUGAUGUCCACACAAGACUACAGAUGCCUUUCCUGGGAUUGACCUCUGCAGAUGACUUCUAUCAAGGAACUAAAGCUGCAUUAGCAGGAGGAACUACUAUGAUAAUUGACCAUGUUCUUCCUGAACCUGGGGCGAGUCUUCUUUCUGCAUUUGAACAGUGGAAAGAAUGGGCAGACAAUAAGACAUGCUGUGAUUAUUCAUUGCAUGUGGACAUCACAAGGUGGCAUGAAAGCCUGAAGGAAGAAAUGGAAGCAUUAGUAAAGGAUCAUGGUGUGAACUCAUUUUUAGUUUUCAUGAGUUACAAAGAUAAAUACCAAUGCACAGAUUCCCAGAUGUAUGAAAUAUUUAACAUCAUAACAGACCUUGGUGCUAUUGCACAAGUUCAUGCUGAAAAUGGUGACAUUAUCCAGGAGGAGCAAAAGAGAUUCUUAGAACUUGGAUUUACAGGACCAGAAGGCCAUGCUCUUAGCCACCCUGAGGAGGUUGAAGCAGAAGCAGUGUAUCGUGCCAUUACAAUAGCAAAGCAGGCAGGAUGUCCCUUGUAUGUCACAAAAGUAAUGAGCAAAGCAGCUGCAGAUGUCAUUGCUCAAGCGAGGAGAAAAGGCAUAGUUGUCUAUGGAGAGCCAAUAUCGGCCAGUCUUGGAACAGAUGGUUCUCACUAUUGGAACAAAAAUUGGGCUAAAGCUGCAGCCUUUGUUACAUCGCCUUCCCUCAGCCCAGACCCAACAACACCAGAUUAUCUCAACUCUCUACUAUCAUGUGGUGAUUUAUACGUUACUGGAAGUGCUCAUUGUACCUUUACAUCAGCCCAGAAGGCCAUAGGAAAAGAUAACUUUACUCUUAUACCAGAAGGAACAAAUGGAAUAGAAGAGCGAAUGUCAAUAGUCUGGGAAAAGUCUGUGGCAUCGGGGAAGAUGGAUGAGAAUGAAUUUGUCGCAGUAACAAGUACAAAUGCCGCAAAGCUUUUCAAUUUGUAUCCAAGGAAAGGAAGGAUUGCAGUUGGAUCUGAUGCUGAUUUAGUUAUUUGGAAUCCAAAUGAAGUGAAAAUAAUAUCAGCUAAACAUCACAAUACAGUGGUUGAAUAUAAUAUCUUUGAAGGAAUGGAAUGUCAUGGUGUUCCCACUGUUGUAAUAUGUCAAGGAAAAGUUGUUUUAGAAGAUGGAACCCUCCAUGUCACAGAAGGAUCUGGCCGAUUUAUUCCACGGAAGGCAUUUUCAGACUUUGUUUACAAAAGAAUGAAAGCUAGAAACAGGAUGGCAGAGAUCCGUGGAGUUCCAAGAGGACUUUACGAUGGACCUGUUUAUGAUGUCACUGGACCAGCCAAGUCUGUUGCACCAACACCAACAUGCCCAGGAAAAAUGAUGAGUGGGCCAAAACGCAAUCUGCAUCAGUCUGGAUUCAGUUUGUCUGGCUCACAAACUGAUGAUCACAUACCACGUCGUACAUCUCAGAAGAUUGUUGCACCCCCAGGUAUAACUUCACUGCAUACUUCAAGACAAUGAACAUGAAAAGAUUGAAGUAAUUUUGGAAAUAUAAGUACAUAAUGUGUCAGACAUGCCAAGAUAUCACAAUUGUACAGAAGAAUCAUGUCAACUGUUUCCCACCAGAUUAAAUGAGUGAUCUGAUCUCAUCCAGCAAUAGUCUAAACCUUCAAGCAUAGCAUUUAUAGAUUGUAUUCUCUGCUUUGGAUACUUAAAGGAAAUUUUGUACAAACAUGCAAGCUUAUUGGUGGUGGUCUGCUUUGUAGCCUAAACCUGUUAGGUUUCUAGCAUUCAUUUUCCUAUGCAAUAAGGCAUGUUAAUUUUAUUUUUGAAAAAUUAUUUAAUUUAAUUCAGAAUCACUGCCAGUUCUUAUAAGUGUACAGAUAUAUUAUCUCUCCAAUACUAGAAGUAUAAAACAAUUUUGUACAAAUAAAUUACCUUCAGGUAUUUAUAGGGGUAUUUGUGAAUUACUGUAUAUGUAAAACAAUGUAUCAUCAAUGUAUUCACUCAACACAGUAUCAGAGUAAUAUGAACCAUAUCCAUUACAUAGCACUGUGACAGCAUGCAUACAAAGAAUUCAAAUGUAUUUCAAAUUAUCCUUAUUGUGAACAAUGUUGUAAUGCCAAUCAUAGAUUGUGCAGUAGAGGAGAAAGAUGAUGUGCCCUUCAUGUGUCCGCACUCAUUCUGCAGCAAAGCACUGAUCACAUUUCAUCAGUCAGUUUUAUAAAGAAGAUAUUUAUACAAAUUUUGGAAAAGCAACACCAUCGGAUCUUCUUUUAAAUACAAAAUGCAGAUGGAUUUUCAGAUUUUAGUGCAUCUGAGAUGUACUUUUUAAGAUCUGUUUUUAAAUGAUUGGCAUAUUGUAUAACAAUAUUAUUUCACAGACUUUUAUGCAUGUUAUUUAAUAAAGAACUUGUAAAGAC